AUGGGCCCAGUGAGGAGCGACAGUCCCUACAUAAACCACACAGGACAGAACACAUUCCGCAUCCAAGACAUUCCCAUAGAUAUCCUCCGCAAAACGAUCUUAACGUCGAGACCCAAGUCAAAAUCUACCUCCAUCUCCAAGUCCAAAUCGAAACCCAAACGCAAGCGUCAUGCAGGACGAACUUUAAAGAUGACGCAGACUACCCCUGCACAGGCCCAGCCGGUCGACGCGGCGUUCUCCCCUGCACCCCGCCGCCUGUCCAUGCUCGAAGUCCUCCCGGUCGAGGUUAUCGAACAGAUCUUCCUACACUCGUUGAACGUGAACCUCCCACGUGCUUCGCAUGUCGUGGCCGCAGCUCUCUCAAGUGAACGGAUCUACCGGCUGCUUAUUCUUCUCGCCUUCUGGGAAGACCCCGUCAUUUACCAAAAGUAUCCCGCGAACCACCCAGGUUCCUCAAAGAAUGGCAGUGCCGCAAUCAGAGACGUCUUCAAACCGGUGGAAUACAACAUGCUCUGCAUGCGCGACCGCUCAAUGCUUCAAGCCCUUGUCUUCUCAUGCAGGUGGUGUACUAUGGACCGUAUCCUCAAGCAGGUUCCCACAAUGCUGAACCUGACCAUCCAACGCCAAUGGCUCGACGAAGGCGUACAGAUGGAAGCUGACGAGCGGGGAGAGCUAGAACGUUUCAUGAAGCGGAAGCAAGAUACCAACCUCUCAUUCAACGGUAGCGGACCGUUGACCACACAAUUCGCUGAACUGAUGUGUCUUUCGUGGGAGGAAGUCACGGAAAUGUCCAAAGCCACAGAUCGUGGCACACACCGUUACAAGCUAGACAUCACGCCAAUGGCCGAUGUGCAGAUCACUCAUAUCACGGGUAAAAUAGUCAUGAAUUGGCCUGCGCUCAACUUAUGCUGCCCUCCGAAGAAAAUGCUGCGCGGUCGCAAAUCAGGCUUUACCCAGGAAGAUGUCGCCUUCCUAGAGAUGCUGCGCAUCACUUCCAGCAACUACAAGCGUGUCAAUGCCCCGAGCACGCCCUGUACCACUUCGAUGGUCGACCGAACCACUUUGCAUGAGGGUGUGACAAAUGCUAUCGAGACACAAAAUUACAAUGCGCUUAUCUCCCUGCUCAAACUGGACGAGUACGUCUUUCGCUGGAAGGUGGCGAAUCAGGGAAAACCUGUCUUCUACACUAUCCCCUCCAAGCAUUUUGAGCAUGUCGUCCGAGUGGGACAGGAUAAGCCUCAUCUCCAACAGGCAUUCUUUGAGGCGCUUCUUCGUGCAAGUGCGGAAUCUGUGCCUCAUAAAUCUGCGGCUAUCACGCAGUGGAAUGUUAAUAAUAACGAACGUGCACGAAAGAAGGGGGGCAUUUACAAUUUGCUGACUGCCCGGUUUUCCAAAUGGUUGUCGAACUUCAUGUUGAAUCUUCCUGAGCAGAUUGAAUAUGCGAUGGAGAAUCCAACCAAUCAGCUGUUUACUUGUGGACAGUUGAAAGUACAUGAUUUGGAAGGCGAUCGGUUCAUGGAGGAGGUGCUUGAACCGUCGCAUCGGGCUGCGUUGGGCAAUUGGCAUGAGGAAUCCUCCUUCCGUCGUGAGGAUCAUUGGUUAGUGAGGGCUGGUCCUGAGCUACCACCUGGGUUCCGCAGAUCUUCAAGCUCUACUAUUGCUUGA